UAAUUUGACAAAGGGCAAAAAACCUUAGGUUGUAUGAAUAUUAUUAUACUAAUACUACUAUAUUUUCACCUUUAGAAUGACUGUGACCUAUAGCACCUUUUCAUUGGCUGCCAUUGUUUACUUUUAAACAUAAGUACAUUAUUACCAACAUUAUGUAGUAUUUUUAAGUUGCAUGCACAAAAAAGACAGUUAUGACUAAUGAAAUUAUAAAGGAGGAUUUUAAUUUUCACAAAUACCAACUGAGUAAUUUCACUUUCUAAACAGGUGAUAUUCCCAUUAGAGUGCUCUAUUAAUUAUACACCAGAGGGAGGGAGAAACAGUGGGCAGUAAUAGUGUUUACUCCCAGAAGUAAUGUUAAUGUAUGCAAAGAUUGUUAAAGCUUUAAAACAUGAAAAUAACCUUCACUGAGAUUAUUGGGAAUGUACAACAUACAUAACAGAUGUGAAUUUAAGAAUAUUAACAGUUUAAUGGAAAAACAGCUCAGUAAACAGGUAAAAUAAAUACUUUGUUUAAAUUCAAUAAAAAAAUAAGCAAGGCAACCUUAAGAUCUUACGAAUAAUUUCUAAAUAUGUUAUUUAUUAACCUGGCUUUAUAAAUAGUGAAUAAGUAUGAGACUUUUCAUUCAUUGAUGCAGAACCCCUUUUUGGCAGUUAGAUUAUAAUUUUUUAAAAUUAUUUUGUUAUUUUAAAGUGGUUCCUUAAAUAAUUACAGAUAAAGACCAAUUUGGAAGAAUGUAUGUGUGCAGGGUCAAAUGUUUAAAAAAAAAAGAAGAAGAAAUGCACACUCUAAAAUGACAAAAAAUCUAAUUGGUGCCUGGGAAAUUAAGGUGCAUUUUUAUUGAAAAGUGUACGUUGUACUCUACAAUCUUAUUUCGUAGGGAUGAACCCAAAGUAACGCAUAAGGUUUUUAGAGAGAAGACACCGGUUGCGACCUGAUCAAGGACAGAGCAGGCUCGGCUGUGAGACUGCAGCACGGUGCGCAGUGACCGGCUGCAUCCACUGGGGGAGGACCGAGCUCCGCCUGCAUGCGCUGCGGUACAUGAAUGACUUUCUCACUAAGACUCUCCAUCAUCACACACAAUGGGAGGGAUACAGGAGUAUAGGUAAGGCUACAGUGGCAGACAGACAGAUGUGUGAUGCUCAAGACUUAACCAUGGGGCCAUUUACCCUCGCCUGUGCCAAUGUAAACUUUUACCCACCCUCCUUUCUAUUCGCCGCUAUCGAGUUGAACUGUCUUUGAUGCCAACUCGCUGCUGGCACACCUGCUUUUGCUUUUUUUUCUCGUCUUGAUUGGUGUUGCCGGUACACCAGGAGCGACGCAGCACCAACAGGGGAUGAAGUGCCAAUAGAUCCUGUUGAAUUGAGGCACGGCGUCGAGACGCAGCCAAAAAAAGUGUCCUCCUCAGAGUGCGUCAGAGCACGGAUGUAUAUGCUGGAUGUAGAUGUGGAUAUGGUUGCCCGCCGGAUACGACGAGGGAUUUGUGAUAUUACACCCCAAAAUCAAGAAGAGGAUUUGAGCACAGACGGAGAGCUGCAUCCUCACCCAGCAUUCCUCCGCCUUCUCCUCUUCCAUCUGAUUUGUUUGUAGGGGGGACAGAGGCUAUUUCUUUUGGCCCCCCAUUUAAAUCUGCUGAGCGCAUCGGAGGAACAAAGUCAUUCAGAUUCAUCGGAGCUCCAAAACAUAAGAGCAAAGACCCAUAAAAAAUCUCAUCUCAUAAAAUGGCAACCAUGGGCGACCACGGAGGAUCAAAAGACGCCUUUUGGGGCUGAGAAAUUAACCACCUGAUGGGCACCAGAGAAACCGAAGAAAGACUGUUUGGGUGUCGCUUGUUGACUCGGUGAUUUAUCAUGCUGAGCAUAAAAGGGGCGCUGCAAGUUUGACACAGCGUCUGCGUAACAGGGUAUGCCACCGGCCCUGGUGUUUUUUGGUUAUGGUAAUGAUGUCAUAAAAUAUAUACUGGGCGCAACAAGAUAUGCUCAUCAAUGUUUUUUUUUUUUAUCAUGUAAGUAGCAAAGCGGACUCCAGCCAACAUGGACCUUACUGAGGUGUGUUUGUUAAUCUGACUUUCUAAACGAUUGAUGCCUCAGUCUCUCUGUGUCUGCGCGACAGAGCUGCAACUUUUAUCCGCUGGUCUGCAUCCCCCUUGACGAGGGUUCUGUAGCCUUCGCGGACCGAACCUUUACAAAAAUGGAGUUUGCCAUGGUGGGUGCGGACGGCGGGUGCAACAGUCACCUGCCAUAUGGAUAUGCCCAAGCCCGCGCGCGGGAGAGGGAGCGCGAGAGGGAGCGCCAGGCUGCCCAGUCGAGAGCGGCGGCGGCGGCCGCGGCUGCAGCAGCCGACGGUGGCUCCUGUGCGGAGGGAGGCGCGGGGGGGCCCACCUCCGCCACCUCCUCGGGCGCUCAUCUCCUUAACAACCGCCAACAUCAGUCUCGCGCCGCCUCCUCCUCCGCUAACAUCAGCAGCAGCGGCGCCGCCUCGCGCCCCUCCUCCUCCUCGCAGCAGGAGCCCGAACAGCAACAGCAGCACAGAGUUCUCAGAGAGCGGAAAAAGCAGCGCGGCGUCGGUCGGUGGAGGCGCAACCGGAGCACUCUCGGAGGGGACUUGCGCCACUCGGAGCUGGCGCUGCUCGGAUCCGAGGAGGACAUCAUGAUAGAGGAGGAAGAGGCCGAGGGAGCGGAGGAAGAGGAGGAGGAGGUGGAGGGGGGAGAGGCGGCGGAGGGCGGCCGAGGGAGCAAGAGGUCGAGCUUUCUGUGCAACAUGGAUGAUGAGGAGGAGACCGUGUCUAUCACAGACAGGCGUCCCCAGUCCGGAUACGAGAACGUUUACAGCGAGUGCGGCUGCUGUGAGAGGGUCGUCAUCAACGUGUCGGGGCUGAAGUUUGAAACUCAGCUGAAGACGCUCACUCAGUUCCCGGACACCCUCCUGGGAGACCCCGACAAGCGAAUCAGGUACUUUGACCCGCUGAGGAAUGAAUACUUCUUCGACAGGAACCGGCCGAGUUUUGACGCCAUUCUUUACUAUUACCAGUCAGGAGGGCGGUUAAAAAGACCUGUCAACGUCCCGUUUGACAUCUUUUCCGAGGAGGUAAAGUUUUAUGAACUCGGCGAGGAGGCGAUACUGAAGUUUCGGGAGGAUGAGGGGUUUGUGAAGGAGGAGGAGAAACCUCUGCCGGAGGACGAGUUCAAGCGCCAGAUUUGGCUCCUUUUUGAGUAUCCAGAGAGUUCGAGUCCUGCCAGGGGCAUAGCGGUGGUGUCUGUCCUGGUCAUAGUCAUUUCUAUUGUCAUUUUCUGUCUGGAGACGCUGCCCGAGUUCAGGGAUGAAAAAGAGUAUCUGCAGCCACGCCACAACUCCUCUCAGCCUGACCACGGAUUUACACCUUUCAAUGACCCGUUUUUCAUCGUGGAGACGGUCUGCAUCAUCUGGUUCUCCUUUGAGAUUAUAGUUCGAUUUUUUGCGAGUCCAAGCAAGACAGCUUUCUUUAAAAAUAUAAUGAACUCCAUAGAUAUCGUGUCCAUUUUGCCUUACUUCAUAACCCUCGGCACGGACCUGGCGCAGCACCAGGGCAACGGGCAGCAGGCGAUGAGCUUCGCCAUCCUGAGAAUAAUCCGCCUGGUCAGGGUGUUCCGCAUCUUCAAACUAUCCAGACACUCCAAGGGGCUGCAGAUCCUGGGGCAUACCUUGCGCGCCAGCAUGCGGGAGCUGGCCCUCCUCAUUUUUUUUCUUGUAAUAGGCGUCAUCCUGUUCUCCAGCGCGGUGUACUUCGCCGAGGCGGACGAGCCCACCUCGCAGUUCACGAGCAUCCCCGACGCUUUCUGGUGGGCCGUGGUUACCAUGACCACGGUGGGCUACGGCGACAUGAAGCCAAUCACUGUCGGUGGGAAGAUAGUGGGCUCCCUUUGCGCGAUCGCGGGCGUGUUGACCAUCGCGCUCCCGGUGCCCGUAAUAGUGUCCAACUUUAACUACUUUUAUCACCGGGAGACGGACAACGAGGACCAGUCGCCCGUGGUGGAGAGCAUGCCACCGGGCUGCCCGUACUUCCCGGAUUUUCUUAGGAAGUUCAAAGGCUCGCCGUCUGGCUCCUCGCUGGGUGACAAAGGGGAGUACAUGGAGAUGGAGGAGGGGGUGACGGAGUCGCUCUGCGGGUUGGACAAAAGCCCCAGUAAAGGAAAUGGCACAGACAUAAGUAGAAAAAACAGUACUAACUCGAAAUCAAUUCAGACUGACGUGUGACUAAGAGUUUUAUUUUAUUAUUUUCUAAACAAGAUACACAUCCGAUUAAAGACUCUUCUCCUUCUGGCCAGCAGCAGCUGAUUCAUACCCCCAAUAGGCCUAUAUACGUUUUACCCACGCCUCAGAGACCCCUCACACACACUUUCACACUCAUAGGCCACCAAUUGGCACCUUAAUAGCAUCCAUGCCUAAAUUUGCCUGAUAGACACAGAUAUAUCCGUUUAUCCAGUGUGGGCUUCCAAAUCUGACAUGGAAUCUAAAUUAGACAACAGGCUAUGCAUUCGCACUUUAUGACUUUCAUCUGUCACAUCACAGGGGUAGGGAUGGUCGUUUUUUGCUGUUAUGCAAUAAAGUUAAAAUUUGUUUGCACUAUAACGUAGAAUUUGCGCUGGGUUAGAGACAGUAACUGUAGGCCAUUCAGAUGGCAACAUUGUAGUCAUCCUCUGCUCACCUGGAUACAGAAUGUAUGAGUAGAGAAAAGGGGAAACUAUUUCACUUAGUCUGCCAGAAAACAAAAAUGUAAAACAGCUCUAUUUACAUAAAAAGCCUAAGAAAGAAUACUUUUAUCUUUGUUCAUUUAAAAUACUCAAACAAAAAUGACCUACACAUUGAUGAGAUAUGUCAUAACGUAGGCAUUAAAUAAACCAGGGCUAUAUUGAAAUAAGCUGUUCCUUAAGAGGCCAAAAAUAAUAAUAAAAAAAGACCCACAAUGAGAGCUAAGCACAGGUGUCAUCAUUGUUUAAAAUGGCUGAAGAAGUCACCCAGCCCAGGUUUUCUAUGAACGCUCUUAAAGCCUCGGCUGCAACAUUUAUUUUUUUUCAUUAAAAGCACCUCAAAAUGACAAUAUCCCUUUACAAAGAUGAAUAUGGAAAGUUACAGGACUCUGACGUGGGAACUCUUUAAAAGGAGAGAUUAUGAGCAAUUUUCUCGCCUUUCUGCUGGACUCAGUGCACAAAAAGGUAUAUAUAUAUAUAUUUAUAUAUAUACCUAUAUAUUUUUUUUUUGCUCAAGAGGACUUUGAUUAUCUCCGAGCACAGAAGAUAAUCAGGCUGUGGAUGUCUUCCAAGCGCUGCCAGUUACAGAGAGAGGGAAUAUCCCCCCCGUCUCUGGAGAGUGCAGACAACAAGCAAAACAUUGUGACCAGUCAACUUCAAGCACUAGUGGACACUGAAAAAAGCAACAACCAGACGGGACCUCGAACAAAUUCUGAGAAGCAGGGACGAAAGCUGCUGUAAUCCGUCAGUACACAAACCCUCAAAGGGUUGAGACCGGACUUGGAAAAAGAGUAAGUCGUGGCCCCAAAUGAUUGCCUUAAUUACACAUAUAUAAAUGUAUGGAGUGAUGACACUAAGAGACUUAUAAAAUUUAAAGAUGUUUUCUUUUGAUGUGAAAAAGUGUCUUGUAAGGAACAGAUGUGAAUAUUUUAAUAUGAUAGAGAUGUUCGGUUGUAAUGUCGACAUUACGUUUUAGCUGGGUCGGCUUUGUAGGCAUCAUAGGUUCUUAAACAGUAUGUUGGCUGUCUGCUCUUAUGCGGACAGUACACAUUUAUUUUUCUUGUUACAUAUUGUCAACAGAACAAGGCUGGCCUGUGUUGCUGGCAACAGAAAUCUUGAUUUAUAUUCAUAACACAAGAAAAUCCUCAUUUAGACGAUGUAUAAAGUUAUGGGAGAGAGCACAGCACACGGAAAUACAUCGGAAGAGCAUCUUCUUUUAUCAAGAUCCACUUACACUAAAGCAAAGAUGUCAGUCACAUAAACACCUGUCAUAAAUAUCUGCCACAUUCACUUUCUAUCAGGGUGAAAUGGCAGACGAAACUCGGCGAGUUUUCACCUUCCGGUUUAUUGAUGAGAUAAAAUACUUUACUCUUUUUCCUUUUUUUUUCUAAGAUUCAAAUUUAGAGCUGACCAGCUGCUUUGCUGAUAUGUUUCACUCUGAAUUUACUGUAUGCAAAAGUAACAUGAACAUGUGUUCUAUAUUUUUUUAAACCUAGCCUUGAUAAUUACAUAACCAAAGGUGAAACCCUGAAUUUAUUGUAUGUUGUGGACUUCUGAAAACGUUAUGAUAUAGAUGCACUCCGAAUAGGGGGGGAUUAAAAAAAAAAGUAAAUAUCAGACGUUUAUACAUGUGUGUCCGAAGAUGUGUUGCAGGUACAGUAAUUUUUUUUUUAGACUUUUUUUUUUACUUUCUUUGACUGUUAUGACCAUCAACCACAAGAAUCUAUGUUUGGUUUGUUGAAAACAUGAUAAAAUCACAUUCCUCAUGUUACUAAUGCUGCUCAAACAUUCUUCAUUGCUGUUGAUUUUUUUUCUUGCAUUUUUCUUGCAGUAGUACAUGAGUUUGCCAAUCAUUGUGCAGCUUUAUCUGAAAACCAUUGGACUUAGUUACAUCUCUUAGACCUGCAACGUUGCCUGUGAAUGAAAUGAGUAGAAAAAUCAGCUGCCCUUACCAGUAGUACUAAGUGAUAGCUCAUAUUUAUUUUUUAUAAAGACAGUGUUUUAUUUCCUUAUUUUUUUCUUUUCCAUACAGUGUUAGUUACCCUGGCACUUAAAAGCUUGAAUUUAGACUUCUUAAACUUAGUGUUUCCUAAAGAAAAUCCAAAGUUCACAUUCCUGCUCUUUCUGAGAAUUUGUAUUUGUACUUGCCUCUUAAAUUGUAUCCCUCAAAAAAAAGAAAAAAAUGUUUACUGAAUGUUCCAAAUAUUUCCUUAGUGUCAAGAAGCUUGUAACCAAGAAAUAGUUUUAAAAUAAAUGUUAGGUAGUUUACAAAGAAAAUCAUUAUGGAGAAGAUGUAUAUUGAAAAGACGUAGACAAUUAUUUUUUUGUCAUUUUGUUAAUAAAAUCUUUUUUUUUAACCAAGACCCAGGGUUUAUUCAAUGAAGAGAAAAUUAAUUUCUUCCCCAAAAUACAAAUGAUAUAGAAAAUAAAACAUGAAAACAGCAAGAGAUUAUACUAUAUAAUAUUGAGAAUUUUCUUCCACUGAAAAAUAAAAAAUGUAACAUUGAUCCCGGUAUAGUUAAUAAAAGAUGAGUAACAUGAGCAAAACUGAGAAACAUUUUGUGUCAUAAAUAUCUGACAUGAAACAUUAGGGUUAUGGUGUUGGCACUGUUUGCUUCUGCCACUGUUUAUGUCUGGUAUUAGCACAUCUGAUAAUAUAUUUACCUGUCAAAAUAUUAUUAGUGAUUGGUACAUCAUCACAAGAAUAAUGCAGAGUAAUACUCUUAGUCUAUUAUGGUCACUGCAGAUUAAACUGUAUUUUGGCAAAAAAAAAAAACAAUGUCAAGUUGUGAACAGUUUAAUUUGAAUCAACAACAAAAGAACCAAAAUGAUGUCAUCAUUUCAAAAUUUGAACUUUUUAAAAGUUGAAAUUUUAAGAUAAAUAUGUCCCUCAGUUUUUGUAAAACCUGUGGAAAGUUAUGAUGCAAAAUCAACUUAUUUCCUUCAUUAAAAGGGAAACGAUCUGCCUUGUAAACAAGGGGCUAGGCUGAUAUUGUUUUAUAUAAACAUCACAGGAAACGUUUGAAAUUGAGAUAAGAACAAUUUCCAGGUUUGGAUAGAAAGUGUAAUUUGUUCAGUCUAACUAUGAAUAUGCUCAUGUAUAAAAUUAUUUUUAUUAGUGUUUGGGAAUUUAAAAACAUUUACCAACUGAUGAUUUGGCUCAUUUGAAAUGUUUUAUUCCAAGUAAAAUUUUGUUAAUCAAAAUUUUGACAAUAAUUUUUACCAUAAAUGUAAUAUAUGAAAAAUCACUUAUGUUUACAUUCACCUUAUGUUCCCAAUGGGAUUUCUCUGAACUUCAACUCCAAAUAGCAAAUGAGAAGCGGACUUUGAGGGAAUGUUUAGCCAGUAUUGUAUUCUCCAUUCAGGAGUGUGGAGCACAAACCGCAGCUUCAGUCUUGCAGAUAACAACACACUUACAUAUGGCUGACAAAUAUUACACAGUAUUAUUUUUAAAAAAUGGGCACCUAAUCUUUGACUUGCAGAACAAUAUCACAAUCAGAGUAGCCUUAUAUUUAACUGGUGGUCGUUAGAGUUGUGAUACAACCAAGCUGUUUCUUAAAAGCUAAUAUUUGAGUCAAAGCACCUCAUUAAAAAAAUCAACCACAUCCUGUCUACAGGACAUAUUAGAAAAAGAAUAAUCCGACUCAUGUAGUUCUCAUUUUUUGAAUGGCAACAUAACCGGGGUGUGAAAAUAUGUUCAGAAUUGAUUUUGUUCAACUGAUCUUCUCACAUUAUGCACCUCCAGUAUGAGCUGUUUGACACCAGUAUUGGCUCCCUAAAUCCCAUCAGCUCCGGUCGAGGAGCAGGACAUAACCUGAGGAUUGAAAUCUGAACAUUUGCUCCCCCGGUGCUUAGAGACCUUAAACGGUGAUAUCACACCAACACUAAACUGUGCCUGGGAGGCACCUACUUAACACAUCUUAAGGUACAAAUGAUUCAGCUACAGCUUCAUAUCCCCACAUGGGAGGGUAAGCCUAAGAGUAACAUGCCCACAGGUUAGGAGAUUCAACAAGAACAUGACCAGCCUGGGAAUUGAUCCUCCAGUCAAGCGGAACAAACAAUCUGGAUAGCCUCUAACCGAUUUCCUUUAUCUGUGAAUUAAAAUAAUUUGUCAGGUUGUGGGGCUGCAGUGGCGCUGAUGCAUGGCUCACUUACACCUGCUUUAAUAAGUGGUAGAGUUGCAACAAAGAGAGGAUUCAUGCUAAGUCAUACAAAGGAGACAGAGCAUUCCAAGGGCUGAUAGUGUCUUUGGGCUGCAGGGAGCAAAAAGCAUAGACGCUAAAUUAAAAGGAGAUAUUUAUCCAGAACAUCUCAUGAGUCGAAGGUGAAUAUGAUUUUGUAUGCCAGUGCUGCUAAAUCAUCAGCGCAAUUAAUGAUAAUUGGUGUGAAUGAGCAAAUAAUCCAAUAAGGUGUGAAGGCUGAGAUGUAAACAUCUUAAAUCAGAACUACUAUCAGACAUUAACUUAAUAGAUUUAAAUUAAUAAGUUAACAAAUACAAAAAAACACCUUGCUGAAGAUUUGUUUAACAAUCAGAAAAGUGUUUUUUCUGUUGAAUAAAGGUUUUAUAUUUUCCUUGAGAACAUUUAUAGGAUCCCAGAGUGUUAUUUAAAUAUUUAAUUCUGACAGUUAAACUGUCAACAAAUAAAAUAAAAAUGAUCCCAAAUGAUCCAAAGGAAGUCAUGAAAAUGUUAUGUUUUUGCCAGAAAUUUAAAUAUGUGCUAUAUAAUGUGAUAAGGUCUUAUUUUGUCUUAAAUAAACUGACAAAAUGGGAUAUGUUUUCUUUCUACGCAGCCAGUUCUGUAACCUGCUCUAAAAUGCCUUAUUAUUGACAUUCUCUACAGCAGAUAGACUGCAUGAAUUGAAAGUACUGCAGUAGUCUGAGCAUAAAAGCUAAUGUAACAGCCUUAGAGAAGUGUUGUCUUGACAUCAGAAUAAAAUCACACCUGUCUGGAAAGUCUUCUGAAAUGCAAAAUGGCGACACGAGUUGAAUUUGUAAUGAAGUACAAUACAGUUUGAUAGGAAACCUUUCAGAUUGCUUUUAACAAUUUAUCUCCUGCAGAGCACAGUCACUGCUGCAAAUACUGUCCAGAGGCUGGAUGCUUGCAUUUAAUCUACAUGAAUUCAUAUAAAAAUGCUAUUUAUUAGUUUACUAAAAAUACAUGGUAAUGAAGGACGUUACUGCUAAAGCAUCAGUCAAGUAAAACCUGGGACAUGUUUGAGGCUCUAUGGAGAAAACAGUUGACUUUUUCCACAGAGUGCAACAUUUUUAUGAAAUGAGGAGCACAGGUUUGAAACAGUGAACUAAUGUGUGCUUUGAAAACAAAAGUAGCUAUGAAAACAGAAGCAUAUCUUAUCACAGCACCUGUCCUCAGCCCUUUGUGUCUGCUUAGUAUUGAAGCUAAUGUGAAAUAACUUAAUUACACUGGCCUCCCUAUGUCAAGCUUUGAGAUUUCCCUCUUACAAGAAAUGGUGAAUCAAGUAGGUUUCUCCCUGUAGACACAAAUAAAGCGACACAAACCGCACCUAGAGUUACUAAGCCAUUAGUCUAAGAAAAGUGAGAAAUAUCAACUGCUUGCUGACUGAGAAAACUGUGUUUUUGUUUUGGCUGUAAACUGAGUUUCUCUAAUUGUGGGUCAAAUAAAAAGCAACUGAAGUUCAUUGACUUUAGCAGUUAGGGUGACAAAAUUUACAAAUCUUUUCAAAAUUUGAAAUAUCUUGAGAGACGACACAAGUAAGAGUCGUACCUUGAAGCACUAAUAAACUAAAAACAGGUUGCAAUUAUAGUGCAGUUUGUUCAAAUGCCUUUUAAAAGUAUUCUUAAUUCUUGAACUUUUUCAGUAUGUUACAUUACAAUCAAACAUGUUGUUUUUUUUUUAACGGUACAUCUGGAAAGUAUUCACACUGCUUCACUGUUUCUGCACAUUUUGUUACAUUGCAACCUUACUCCAUAUUGUAUUACAAUGAUCUCUUUUCUUAAAAUUAUAUAAACAAAUAUCCCACUAUGAUAAUGUGGAAAAGAAGUUUUGAGAUUUUUGCAUAUUUUGUAAAAAUAGAAAACCAAGAAAUCACAUUUAUGUAAGAAUUCAGUGCCUUAUGACAUUUUUACAGCCUAAAUGGAGUCCACCUGUGGUAAAUUUAUUUGAUUGCACUUGAUUUGGAAAGGUAUACACCUGUCUAUAUAAGGUCCCAUAGUUGACGGUGCAGGUCUGAGGUCAAACAUGAAAUAUUCAAUCAAAGGAAUUGUCUGUAGACUAAGAUUGUUUUGAGGCACAACGUGAGGCACUGAAAGAUUGUGAGAAGGGCCUUCAUUGCAGAGGUGACCGCUGGAGUUCUCUGAAAAUGACUGAUUGACUCCUUCCUUCCAACCUGUUGGAGCUUUAGAAGAGCUGAAAAGAAGAAAGAGCCAAUUUAACUAAAGACUGUUGUGCUUAGUUUGUCAUUGCUGCCAUAAAUGACAGAAAGACUGAAUACUUAUGUAAAUAUAUAUUUUUUCUAUUUCUAACAUUUGCAAAUACCUCCUAAGCUUUUUUCCACUUGUGUGUAGAAUUUUGAGGAAAGAGAUUAAUUUAUUACAAUUUGGAAGAAAGCUGAAACAAAAUGUGGAAAAAGUGAAGUGCUGCUGUGAAUACUAUCUGGGUACUCUGUAACCUAAAUUCAGUGGAAUUAAAUGGAAAAUGUCUGUGCACACCAAUUUUCAAGUCUAUUCCUAAAUUAUGUAGGUCUGGAGUUUGACUGGGAAAUGGUAACGCAUUGAUAUACUUGGAUCUUGUCCAUUUUAGCUAAAUGUCUAGAGUCUUCUUGUUAACAAGUGAACCUCCAUCCAAGUCUUCUGAUGCCUUUAACUGUUUUUUCUGGGAGUGGCCUGUAUUUGUGUCUCACAUUAACUCUAAUCAGUUUCUCUGUUCCUGCUAUAGAAAAGCUCCCCAAUAACAUGAUGGUGUCAGCACCAUUUUUGACCAUUUUUCAGCAAUGGUGAAAAAUGGUCAACUUAUAAGUUGCGUCAAUAGAAAGUUAAUUGUUUCCAAAUCUGGCAUGCUUUUGGAACCAAUUAACUUCCAUCAACUGAGAUCUUUUCAGAUUUUAUUAGUAAAAAAACACCCCAAACAAACAAAAAAAAAACCCAGAAAAAAUAGAAAACCAUAGAUCUGUUUCUUUCCACUUGACAACUGUGAAAAAGUUCAAAGAGUUGGAAUACUUCAUACUCACUAUACUUUUUACCAAAAAAAGAAAAGAAUCACUUCUAUGAUUUAAUUUACAUGCAUUCAGCUGUUUUCUCUUGCUGUAAAAUUAGUUUUUGUGCACAUGUGCUGUUGAAGCUGUAGCAGAUGUUGCCUUCAUUUAAUUGCAUUUUGUCUAUUAGCAUGUUUUCUCAUUUACAGACUGAGAGCUUAAUGAAGGAGGGCCGGUGUGUGUAAAUGAUAGAAAGUUGCACACAUAGUAAACACAAAUGAACAAUGUAUAUUUUUACUUUUUAAUCCGAAAAGAAAAAAAGUGGGACAAGCAAACCAAUAAUCAUCAUCUUUCUAUGCAAACUAGUGCAGUUUGGUCAGCCAAGGCUACAAUCAUAUUUACAUUAUGAUUGAAAUCCAGCAUAUCUAUCAUCAUUAAUGAUUCUCGUGGUCGUUUUGAAUGCCCAGAAGUAAACAGUUCUUUAAGAGAUUGCUGUAGAUGUUCUGUGAUGGAAAUUAUUUCAGUUUGUGGGACAGUAAAGGUGGUGGGUGCAUUUAUUUUCAAUGUUCCUACUUCACUUCUGUGCGCGCCUAAUAAUCAAACUGUUCAUUUGUCACCGUCACUCAAAAAAUAUCAUCAGUCAGCAACAGAAAAACAACAAAAUGAGUAUAAAUGAACUUGUAAAAUACUUCUACAGUUCAGGUGUUGAGAAUUAUUCAUGUGCGUUUUGCCCAGCCUUGCUUUUAUUCUGCAUGAUGCUUUGUUUUGAGAAAUAUGCAUUCUAACCCAAGGUAUGUUUGUAUUCUUUUCCAACGAGGGUGCUCCUCUUCUUCCCUUUCUCUGUAUCUCUGGAGCUCGUCACUUCUGACCUUAAUUCUCUUGUUCUGUUUCCUUCAUUUUGUUUUAUUUCUUUAUUUUUGGUGGGGUAAACCUUCCAACUUCUGGAUUUUCUACAUUCAUAACAUUUUGUAGACAGCAAUAUGAGAUGUGAUUGAAAAUGGAAUAUGUGCAAUGUUGAUUAAAGAAAAAUAUAAUAUAUUCAAUAAAAAUUCAGAAAAUAAAACAGU